CCCAGACGCAGAUGGCUAGGAUGCCUGUGAAUUUCCAGGCUCCUACCCCGCAGCAGCAGCAGCAACAGCAACAAGGUGCGAUGCAGGGCGUGGGCAUCGCAGGCGGUGUUCGACUUUUACAAGCCAGUUCUUCUAAUGCCCCAUCGCCAGCAGACGAGUCCUCUCCUCCCAACCCGAAGCGUGCUAGGCGUUCCUCGCCUUCCGCCGACAAAAAGGGCAAUGCUCAGUUCAUGCCCCACCCUCAGCAGCCACAGCAGCAGCAAUUACAGCAGCAACCGAUCAUGAUAUCUAACCAAGGACAGGUGAAUCAGGGAAUGAGAAUGCCUUCGAACGGGACUAUGCCAGGUGCCCAAGUGGCAGCACAACCUGGCCUUCCUGUGCCCCAGCAAGUCGCACCCGCUCCUGCAAAUCGAGGACGUAACAAUGCCAGAGCUGGAAACGGUCCUGAUACAAUGGGCCCUGAAACGACAGCAGCGCCUUCUCGAGGCACGAAGCGCAAGAUGGCAGAUGAUGGUUCUGGAGCCAACGCCGGCCCCGGCGCCCCUCAGAAGUCGGCGGCUCAGAUCCCCGCCCCUACACUAAACGGUAUCAAGACCUCCCCUCAUCAAGGUUCACCCGCUAUCAGCGCUGGAAAGGACAACAAGACGCCUCCGACAGACAAGACGCCUCCUCUGGUACCUGGGGGCCCUGCGAGUACUCCCAGCAAUGCCCAGCCUGCCACGCCAAAGCAGGACAACAAUGUUAUGGUCCUCAAUGAGCUUUUCAGCGCCAACAUGAGCCAAUUUGGUGGUGGUGGAAGUGGAUCCAUCUUUGGUCCUGCUGUGUCUUCACCUCGCACCUUGUCACAACGUAUCAGCGUGGACUUGCCGAUCGACGGUCCCGAAGCUCUUGGAGGAGGAUGGGAUCAGACCCCCAUCAAUGUCCCCGCGCCUUCAGACCCACUCUUUCUGGAUGACAACGGUGGAGACGACACCUAUCAGAUGUACUUCAAUUUCGAUGCCGAGGAAGGCAUGAACUUCGAUGAGACUGGAGAAUUUUGAUUGACCCAGCGCUUGGUUCCACCCCUUGCUCACAAUAUUCCCUCGCACACAUGAUCACCCAUCUCUCCAAUUUUCUUGGUCUAAUGGUCGGCGCAUGUAGAGCGCUGUUGGCUUGAUUCGCUCUGCAUGGUUGUAUCCUUCUCCGUCUCCAUUACUUUUUGUUGUUUUUCUUGUCUUUUCCGCUCGUAUCCCUUGGCCCAACGUGUCCGUCGAGUGUGGUGUACUUGGUGUACUGUAUCUUCU